CCCAACACGUUGCCCCAGCGCCACCGCUACCACCGCGUCGACCAACUCUUCAGCCACCGUUACCACCGUGCCGACCAACUUGAUUACGUCAGAAUUCAGAAUCGCAGGAACGUGUGAUAAUGACUAAACAAAAUAAAAGAUGGAUUAAACUCAGAGAUAGAAGUUUACCCGAGUAUUUAAAAGGAAUGAAGGACUUUUUAGAUUUUGCUUUUUCUAGGCCCGAGCGACCUCCAAUAAAAAUUAGGUGCCCGUGUUGCAGAUGCAAUAAUGUUAAUUUUAAGACAAGAGGUGAGGUGGAUUGCCAUUUACAUAAGUGGGGAUUUGAACCAAGUUAUGAGAAUUGGGAGUAUCAUGGAGAAUCCUCGAGUGAUUCAUCAGAAGAUAGUGAUUUCAUGGAUAUUGAGGAUGAUAUUGGCAAUGGUGCUGAUCAUGAAAUGAGCGAUGAUCCUCAGAUCUUCAACAUGCUUUAUGAAAUGCAUCGAUCAGUUAAUUCAAAUAGAGAAGAGGUUUUUGAGGAUCCUAUGCCUAGUAAUAUCAAUGAAGAGCCAAAUAAGGAAGCUAAAAGAUUUUAUGGAUUGGUGAAAGAUGCUGAACAACAAUUAUAUCCAGGUGGUAAAACUUUCUCCAAAUUAUCUUUUAUCAUUCACCUUUUCCAGAUGAAAUGUCUUUAUGGAUGGAGCAAUACCUCACUUGACUCACUGCUAAAGCUAUUGAUUGAAGCUUUCCAAAUAGCAAUGUUGCAAUACCACUUGAUGCAACAUUUAAAACAAUAUUGCCUCUUGAUCUAAAUACAGCAGAUAAAGCUCUCCAAAUAAUUUUUUUACUUAUUCCACCAUAGCCGUAAACGAAAAAAAUGUCCAGUUUAUUUUCCUUCACUCUUGUCACAAUCUUAUCAUA